AAAAAGGUAGGAAAAUCAUUCCAUUUAGAAAAAGAAUAUAGAAAUAAUGAAUGUCCACAAAAUAGUCGUUUGGCUUAAGUUUUGUUAAUCGCCAAAGAAACAUCCAUGCUUAACAAUUACUCUCAAGCUUGUGUGCUACUUGGUGCAAUGGUUGGAGUUAGAGCAACGCUUCCACUUGGUGAAAUGGUUGGGGUUAGAGCAACGCUGCUCCCAUCCGACGCAGCCUCCGGGGUUAGAGCAAUGCUUCCAUCCCAUGCAGCCUUCGGGGUUAAAGCAAUGCUUCCAUCCCAUGGAGCCUUCGGGGUUAAAGCAAUGCUUCCAUCUGAUGCAGCCUCUGGGGUUAAAGUCUUAGGAGUUUUAGUGAUGCUUCCAAAUGGUGCAUCAACUAGGACUUCUGUGCUACUUCCAAUUGGUGCUACCGCUGGUGCUUGUGUGUCAUGUGAUGCAAAGGCACGAAAUGAAAAUUGAUGAUCGAGAUUUACGACACCAGUGAC